CCACUCCAAAUUAAAUACGACCCGGAUAAAUCCGACCUGAUCUUCUUCCGGCCUACCACAUUACCCACACAACAACCACGACUUCCGGUCAAAAUUAACAAUACCAAUAUACACCCCAAGGAGAGGCUGAAAUAUGUAGGAGUCUGGAUAGAUCCGACCCUCUCCUUCCGGCCCCACAUCGAAGCAGCGAUCGCAAAAGGCCUCAAAGCCCUCCACCAGAUUCGAUACACCGCCCGCCUGCCAGGGAUAACAGUCAAGACAGUUCAUCACCUAAUAACACAAGGCUUCCUACCAAGCCUGCUCUACGGAUCUGAGGCUUGGUGGACUGGCGCAGACCACGUCAUUAGAUCGCUCGAACCACUAUACAACGAAGCUGCCCGGAUUAUCACGGGCCUACCUCGAUGGACCAAGAGAGCUAAACUCCUCCGAGAAGCAGGCCUACCCCCCCUAGAACACCUCCUAACUUAUCGCUCAAGAAAGUACGGAACCAGAAUACUCUGCACCGAGGCAACCCACCCCAACAAUGAAUCCCUGAUCGAGCUCCUCCCAUACAGAGAAGCAAACAUCAAAGGGACAGGCCUACACCGAAUCGCCUCCCUCCUACUCCCAUAUCAAACCCCCGGAAAUGCGAGAGACAAGUGGAAUCAAAACAAACUACUACGCGACCACCUGUUGGAAGAAUGGAACACACAAUCAAUACCGAACUACCACCAUCGGGGGGAAUUCCGCCCCCCUCCCAAGAUAGCGAAACUCACCCUUACGGAAGUAAAAAAAGUAUUUCGAAUCCGGUGUCAAACCACCCGAAUUGACAAACACGCAGUACAUACAGACCCCGAGCCAUGCCAGUGUGGUAUGGAAAACUCAGCGAAACAUAUACUUAUGGAAUGCCCAGCCUGGGCUCGAAUCCGCACCCCUCUGAUAGAGAAGAUCCCCGGAGCGAUGACCUGGGAAAACUGGAUGUUUACAAACCUGAGAACGGACCUCAUCCUACAAUUUGCAAAACAAUCUCAACUCUCGAAAUGGUAUGAGUCGGCGGAGGCGGAGGCGGACCUGGAAGAGGGGAUGGAAGAAAAUGAUUAG